AGCGUCCGUACCCGGCGGCUGACCCGCGUCGCGUCCGUGCCGUCUCAUUAUAAACUAUAACAACACAUCACUUUUCCGCGUUAUAAACAAGUGCCAAACUACAAAUUAAAUAAUUCUUGCUGUGAUUAUAGUUGAAUAAACUUUGUUUCUAAGACUUGAUGGUUUUGUGAUAAGUUAUUACGGACUUAAAACGUAAAAUAUUUAUUAUUAUAAAUAGACAAUCUGUGCGACGUAUAAUUCAAGCAUAUUGUGGUUUCGGACGUUAACUCGAAGUUUGUUUUGGCAAUAUUUCGCAUCGUUGGAGUGUUUACACCGCGCACGUGGCCGCGCCGCCCGCCCGCGCGCUGCAAUGCCGCGUAAAACUUUCUUUGAGAACACUGCCCUAGUAUAAGUUAACUCGCCAGGGAGAUAACGCGAUCGCGACCAUGACUUUAACCUGUAGCGCCUGAUUCAUGCAGCCUCGACUACAUGUUCGUCGAGAAGGGGAGUGUCGUAUUUUUAUUUUUUUUUCGUUGGAGGAGACGGAGCUCUCCCUUAGAUUAAUGGUUUAGAUGGCUAACAACAACGCCGUUUCGUCGACUUUACCGUCGAGAGAUUAUCAUUGUAAGGUCUGCGACCUAUAUUUGGAUACCGUGGACUCUCUAGAAGUGCAUUUACAAUAUCAUAAAGAGAAUUUGUACGUAAAGUGGGGCACGCAGAACACACAAAAUGAUUCGGAGAAUAAUAACGGUACAAAAAUAAAGAACGAAACGACAGUGUCGGCUCCAGCCGACUCCAGCGACAGCAUGAUCACUAAACCAAGCCCGGAGUUUCAACACCGGGCAACACCAGAAACAACAGUUCAAUUUCCGCAUCCGGCAACACCACAAAGCUAUCACAGUGCUCCAUCGCCAUAUCAAAACCCGGAUCAAACGAACUUUUCCCCGGGAGCACAAUUCGGUAAUAACUUUUCUCAUGCUAAUUUUUCACAAAAUCAACACACAGAACAAAUUAACUGGGAGCAAUCUCAAUAUAACCAAGAUUAUCAUAAGCCAAAUCGCUUCCAUCCUUAUAAUAUGCAAGACCGCGUGUCACAAGUGUCAUCGUCGAGUCCACUAUAUGGUCAACCACUAAAUCAACCAACACCAUCACCGUCACCCAACCAAUGUGACAAGUGCGGCUUUGUUUGUGAUUCUGCUGUCCAGCUUAAUGAACAUUGCAAUUCGGCGCACGCAGGUACGAGUGCUGCUCCUGUUUCAGCACCUAUGCCUUUUCAACAAUUUUCUGGAAAAUCAUAUAAUAAUUCUGGUUAUCAAAAUGAUACUGUAAAAGUUAAGGAAGAACAUGAAGAGUCAUCAGAUAUACUUGACUUAGACUCACAGAAAGUUGUAUAUCAAGGAAAUGAAGGAGAUCAACAGAAUACGCCCUAUGAAGAGACACAUUCACAAGUUCGUGAGGUUAAUACAAGAACUGUACCAAUGAUGCCAUGGGAAACUCAAAAACUGUAUAAUAACCCGCAACUCAAUGGAGACGUAUCUUUGUUUAAAGACCAGAAAAUGUUUGCGGAACAACAAAAGGUUUAUACUGCAGAAGGAAAAAUGUUUCACCCUGAUCAAAAGUUUGGUUACGCACAAGAAAAAUUUUUAGUACAUCAUGAACAAAAACCUUUUAUGCAUGUGGAACAAAAAAUUUAUCCAGGUGUGCAGAUGCCACCAUUAUCUGAUUAUUCAGGAAAUGUCGCUUCAACUAAUUCUGACAUGAAACCGCCUUAUCGACCAUAUGAUUCACCUUCAGCGCCUCAAAUAACAAGUACACAACCUGCUAAUCCUACUUCAUCAUCUCUUCCAUCUAUUGGGGGAAAAGGUGCAAAUUGGAAAUCAAAUGAAGCAAGGAGGCCGAAAACAUAUAAUUGUACAGCCUGUAACAAAUGGUUUACUAGUUCGGGUCAUUUAAAAAGGCACUAUAAUACUACACUUCAUAAAAAUGCGGUAAGAUCAUCGGGGCAACCAGAUCCUGCAACAAUGCCAAUUUCAAGCCACCAUCAUCCAAGUCGUGACUCAUUACAAAAUCGCGCUCAACAACAGAGUGUUGAUUCGAACACUCAAAGUCCUAUCCCAUCUGAUGACAGUCGAAGUGUAGAUGAAGGCGCUUUACAAUCGCCUUACACAUCGCAGAACUUCGAGCGCUCGCAUCGUGUACUCGCCAUGCAGUCCAAGUCACCAUAUACACAUCUUCAACAGGGUAAUUUAGAUAAUAAUUUCAGUAAUAAUCCUUUAGCUAAUCACCCUUUACAGCAUCAAGUCGGUUCACAUCCCAUAAACAUAGGCAGUCAACCGCCGGGUAUAGGGAAUCCAAAUGAUAAUCCUCAAGCCUCAAAAGGGCCUACAAUGUCUACUGGCGUGAAUCCCCCAAACGGGGAAGCAGGUCCCUCUGUUUCACAAAAUCACCAUAUGAGGGGCCUGCUAUCAGUGUCAACCAGCAAUAUUUCAACGCCAGUUCUAACUCAGAGUACGCCAACACUUACGGCACACACGCUACCACCGUUCAGCCAUUUGGGUGUCAAUCCAUACAGCCCGAGGUCUACGGAUCCUUUGGGGCCUUCGGUUCCGGACCCCACGCACACCCCAUUAUAUUUGGGUCAGAAUUUUCAGCAGACUAUAGCACCGAGUUACCCAAACGGGAUGGCCCCCCACGUUAUGGAUAUGGCUAUCAACAAUCUGCCUAUAGCCAAUCCGGCUACUUUUGGUGAAUCCGCACCAGAAGAAGUCGAGGUUAUGGAACAAGAAACGUCGAAUCAGCCUGCUAGCGGACGCUUGCCGAGUUUUUCGCAGCUCCAAACGCAGAGCUUUAGCGUUUAUGUUUCUAACUAUAUUACAUCACCUAACGUGGGGGGUCAAGUUGUUACCGACGAAUCUACCGCCGGUUACAUUAUUGUCGAUCCAGUCCAUUCGCCGAUACAGUACAAUGGUAUUGAUAUGGGCGGUCAAACUUUAGAUUAUGAUUAUAGUUUUUCACCAAAAACUAAUAAGGAAAAUGUUCUUAGUUAUAAUACAGAUAAUAUAAAAGUAUAUCCAUAUGGCUAUGCGGUAGGAGGUAAAACUAUCAAACGAGAGGAUGACGUCUUAAGGACAGACUCUAGCGAGCUUCAGAUUUUAAAAAUAGAAGAUAUUAUGGAUUAUGCUAAUAAAGAAAAUUAUGGAGCUCAAAUGAAGUCUCCAGCAAGCCCAGAAAGUGCUAAGGCCGAGAAUGAAAGCCAUGGCUCGCCUUCAAUUACGUCGACGGUGCCAAGUACACCGCUCACUGAAAGGAAUCAAUUAAAAAAGGCCGCACCUGCGACAGUUCAUAAAUGUUUUGAAUGUGACAAAUUAUUCAAUAAAGCAUGUUAUCUUACACAGCAUAAUAAAACGUUCCAUUCAGGAGCUAAGCCUUUUAAAUGUGACCGGUGUGGCAAACGAUUUUCGGAUGACGUUUCGUAUGAAGGCCACUACUUAAAACACGCAGACAAUAAGCCCUUUAAAUGUAAUGAAUGUCCAAAAUCUUUUAACCACAAGACAGAUCUACGUCGACAUAUGUGUUUGCAUUCUGGUUGCAAACCCUUUGCCUGCGAUCAUUGCGGUAAAGGAUUUAUAAGAAAAGAUCAUAUGGUUAAACAUUUUGAUACACAUAUGAAAAAGAACUUGCGGUCAUCAUCAUCGUCGAUCUCUUCGACGUCACCGUCUACAUAAACGACUUCCAAAAUAUAUAUAUUAGGUCAUUUUGGUCAAUACGUUAGCUACAAUUUUUUCACACAUAUCAUUUUCAAAAGAAAAAAGUCUUGUAAUGACAAUUAAAUUAUAUUUAUAUAGUUAAUAACAUUUAAACAUAAUACUAUGUUAUAGAUCUGUUUGUCCUUUCAACAUAGCCGCGGAUCGACUCCGACGCAUGCAUUUUGUUCGCCAGCUGUUUUUUUUUGUUGUUCAUUCAAUCUAACCUUGUAUUCGGUGCAAGGUGACUUUACAUGUCUGGGUGUCUGGGCGCUAAACAUGUAAUUACACGACGUCGGAAUGAUAUUCCGCAAUAAUUUAUAGACCGAUCCAUAUCAUUUAACAUAUGAAUUACUAUUAUAUAGUAGUGUUAGUUAGAUAAAAAAAUAUCAGGUGAUUCUUACAUUAGGUGAUUUGAAUGGUUGUCAUUUUCGACAUUUAAUCAGUACAUAUCUUUUAAUUGUAAAUUAUGGACCAUAGACGGUUUUAGUUAAAAAAUACUACGUUUUAAUAAUAAUUGUUAAUGUUUUUGAUGAAUGCGCAUCGUCGUGGAGAAUUAAUUAGAAUAUGUUUUAUUGUAAAUAAUUUAAUUUGGGACUCAAUGCCAGACAUUUAUUUACCUAAGUACCGUGGAAAUUAUUUUUAUUAAUUUGUUUAAUUUCAAACAAUAUCUUGUUGCAUAUGUUUUAGUCUAAUUACAAAAAAAUGAAUUAGUUUUUUAAUUGACAAAAAAAUAUUUUGACGUAUCUUGAUCAAAUGAUGACAUGUACUUAAUUAAUUAACAUGUAGAUAAAUGUUAAUGACAUAGGAUCUCGAAGGAAGUUCAUAGCAACUAUAUAAUUGUUUUUAAAAAGUGAUGUUGUUGUAAAAAAGGUCUUACAAUGUGCCAUUCCGUUUGCAUUUCGUUAGUCGUCUUCGACUGCGGUUGUUUCGACGCGCGGUAGUUCCCACAACACAGCUUGACUAGGUGUUAUAAUUGUCGUUUUUGUUUUAGGUAUAAAUUAUCCUAUUGGUUAUUACUUAUAUUAAUGUUUUCCCGGUGCUUCCUAUUUUUAUUAUUUUGUCUGUUGACAUUUGUUUUAACUGUUAGGUAGUUGACGAAAUUCGGAAUUUUUCUUAAAAAUUAAUCAUAAUUUAUGUCCAAUUUAAGUUACCAAUAUAUUAUUUGAACGAAUUUAGUUUAAACAUUCCUGUUUCGUUAGUGUUAGGUAAGUAGUCUUCCUGAACGUUGCCAAAUUAACUCCGCCAACUGUCUGUUGCGAAACAAUUUAACUUUAAUGAUUUCUAGCCUAAUAAUUAAAUUCUCUAGCAAUAAUUUUAAUACUAAUGUAAAUGUUUUUGUAUAAUAAUAAAUAAAAUAUCAUGUUUAUUAUUAUUAAUUGACUUAGGUACUGAAUGAAGAAUAAGGGAUACAUCAUUGAAUACUUUGUACAUAAUAUAUAAAAAAGGUCGACGGAUUAACUCGAUAAAGUACGAAAAGACGGUCCUAAUGCACCGGCUAUUCAAAACAUUUUUCUUGUUAUUUACUAAUCUGUUCGGUCAAGUAAUUGUUGCUCCGCGCAGUGACAUGUGUGACGAAAUGGUAAUAAAUAAAACGAGUAGUUCUCAGUUGCACUUGGUACAUGAACUGUAAGUCAUUCCGAAUAACAAGUUGAAUAUUUUGGAAAGCUCAUCUCGAAGCUAUAUAUUCUGUAGUAUACUCAUUAGUACCGAAUAAUUAUUGAAAAUAAAGUGCAAUAUGAACAUUGUAUCGACUUAAUUUUGAUAAUGUUUGUAUUUGACUGUUGAUUAUAUUGCAGAAAUAUUUUUAUACAAAUAAAAUUACACUAACAAUGCUCAUCUACCUCAUCAGUGACUAUAUAUACAAAUAAAUAAAUGAAAUAAAUUAAAUUGUCUCGUUAAAUUCAGAACAAAAUAUAACUGAAUAUAUCUUUAAUAGAAUACGUGAUUCAUCCUUUAUUAUAAUAUUUACAAAUGUAAUAAGUAUAGUUUACUAAUAAUGUGGAUUUUUUCUAUGUACAAUAUUAAACUUCUUGUCGCAAAACGUACGCACUCAAUAGCCAAUUACUUCAUAAACAGUUUUACAAUUUGAUGGCGGGAGAUAACGAACUAUUUACGAUUUUAUACACAAAUUUUCAUAAUAAAACAUAAGUAACAGGAACAUAUUAAAACAUGAGGUUAUUGGCUAGGAAUGCCUGCGUACCGAAAAACAAAUAAUAAAUUAUAUAUAAUUAUAUAAAAGUAAAUGAAUAACAUUUAACCGUUAUAUCAUAAUAGAUAAAAUAUGUUGAAAUUUUACUAGACUGUUGAGAAGAUUUUUGUAUAACAGAAAUAUUUUCAUCAUAGCAAUAAUUGUAACAAUGACAUGAUAAGGAACUUAACUACCUCAAAUAACGAGUAAUAGUGUUUAGAGUGUUGUGAGGGCGCGGGCCGCGGUCGACGGGCCUCGCCGACUAAACGAAUACCUCAUCUUGCCUUCAUGUAUAAGUAGCAAAAACUUCUUUAUUUACCGCAGGCGGCCCCGUUGCUUGGCGGCCCGACGCUCGAUUCAGAUAUAUUUUAGCAGACAUAUUUGUCUUUCUUGUACUGUUUAAAACACGCACUAGUAGUGUCGGUUAGAUGUAACUAAUGUAAAUACUAAACGGUAAAUUUGUUAUUUAUCAUAUUCUAUUAUUGUAUCCAUCGAUACGUUUAUUUUGACAUAAGUUCGUAGUGAUUUCAAGUUUAUAAAAAUAGUACAUAAGGACGAUAAAUUGUAAGAUUCAGUGAUUAUGUUUGUGUAUAAUGUUUUAAUUUAAUUAUCAGUUACCAGAUGAUUUCUGUUACAUUCGAUUGAGUAAAAUUGAGAGGAUAAAUACUAUAA